AUGCUCUUUAACGAUCUUAUAUCUGCUCCAACAGCGUUCUCCGAAAUCAGGUUGCCGGACUUCAUCAGACCUCUAAGCCCUGACCUAAGUCCUGAGGAUAUGGCUUACCUGAAGCAUAAGGGAGUCUUCGAUAUACCUAAUGCCCACUGUCGGAACGAACUCUUGCGCAGCUACUUCUUGUUCGGGUACCCAUUACUACCUCUACUCGAUGUGGAAACCUUUUUGGGGCCAAUGCUCGAAAAUGAUCCAAAGGACAAGGUCAGCUUGUUGCUCUUCUACGCUGUCAUGUGCUCUGGAGCCGCCCAUGUCGACAUGCAAGUCUUGAGGAAGCUGGGCUUCAACUCGAGAAAGCUUGCUCGAAGCGCAUUCUUCGAAAGAGCACGGUUGCUCUACGAUCUAGACUGUGAAAGCGAUCGUGUAUCGUUUGUACAGGCCUUCCUGCUGAUGACAUACUGGUACGAUGCUCGAGAAACGCAUAAAGACCGGAAGUUUUGGAUUCGUGUCGCUGUGACCCUAUCCCAGGAUCUCGGCCUGGACCUGAAUCUCGAUUUUUGCAAGACAAGGCAACAUCGAAUGUUCAAGAGAUUGUGGUGGUGUUGUUUCAUGCGCGAUCAGUUUGUUGCGCUCAUGACUUGGACUCCACCGCAACUCGGGGCGUGGCAUCGCCACUUACCUAUGCUUGAACUCGACGACUUCGAGAUGCAGGAUUUCUCUCCUGCUGUGUCCCACUUGAUCAAAGAGUGGGAUUUCAUCGAUAAUCAGAGGAGCAGGAUUGGCCUAGCAACGCUCUGCAUUGAAAAGGCAAAACUAUGUGUCUGCAUAAAUGAGAUUCUGCAAGCACGAUAUUCAAGUCGUCGGUACGAAUCAGAUAGUCGAAUGAUGACGAUUCUUGUCCCAAGGCACUCUACCGCCAAUGCCUUCGAGAUUCUCGAGCUCGACCGCCAACUUCAAGAAUGGUAUCGUGGCCUCUCGGACGCUGGCAAAUUCGACCUUCGCGACCCUACGGAUUCUGCAUUCAUGAAGAGCUCUAAUGUCAUUGCGAUGCAUAGAGCACAUCUAAAACUACUGUUCCUCUCAGCGAUGAUCGCGCUCCACAGGCCCCAGAUUUCAGAAACCGCCGGAACACUCCCGCCAACAUACCAACAGCUGUCACAGGCAAAGCUACGUGACACUGCAGAGGAAGUGGCACAUGUUGCAAUCUCCAUCAAGAACCUCGAAAUGGGAACACACAUGAGUCCUAAAGGGGUUACUCUAUUGCUUCCGAUAAUGCUUGUUCAUCUUCAAGAUGUCAUGCCAGAGAUGGAGAAACCGCGAAGAAGCAGGUUAGAAAAGUAUUACGACUGUAUGCACAUAUUGGACUCGAUUGGAGACGAGGGCGCAUCAGAAGAUUUCUUGUCUUCAAAGCUUGAGGCUGCCUUCUUAAAGUUCAACAUUCUGCCCUCGAUUGAGCACCAAAUCCCCCCUCCCAUCAGUUUCAGACCGGAUUUCGAGAAGUCGCUCUUUUCAGGGACAGGAAUCUUUUCAUGCCUAUCACAGCUUGGUGCAAUUACUCCGUCGGAGAUUGAUCUGCUGUCAAAGAUGAGCCUCUGUCGUAGGGGCAUGUCAAGUGCGGCGGAGUGUGAGUACGCCAACAAUGAGGGGCCCAUUGUUUACAGUCCACAGCCAACGCAGAUGACAACCGGCCAGCCGCAAAUAGGAGUAUGUCCACCACCAGCCUCCACUUUCAGAGCACCAAUGAAUCCCUCCUCUGGUGGAGUUCUAACCCUGCAGGAAACGGGGGCUCUAGGGCAGCUCCACCCUUCGCUAUUUCCAGCAAAUGGUGACAGAUCAGUGCAAUCAGCCACACAGCUCGGCCUUCUUGUCCAACCGGACGAAGAAGAUACCGCCAUGGAACACUUCUUCAAAUGGAGGAUUGAAAGGAUGAAGAUUCCCAUGCAGAGACAGCUCGUUGAAAGCACGUACCACACCGUCCUCACCCAGAUGUGGAGUCUGGAGGAUUUGAGGGCCAUGGCAGAUGUCAAGUCUGACCUCUACAGACUGGCCAUUCAACAGGGCAUACCAGACGGCCUGGCUCGCUCUUUUCGCAGAGAACUUGAUGUGUUUCUGUCUCAGUGGCGCUCUCAUGGCGAGUGGACGCCCGGUAUGCAAGAACCAUGA